GGCGGAGGCGGGGCGGGCGGCGGCGGCAGCGGCAGCCAGAUGAGCGGGCCUCCCUCCAUCCGGCUCCGGACAGGAGGGAUCCCCCCCGGCCGACCUGCACCAGCUGUCCCGGAGGAGGCGGCGGCGGCUCCGAGCGGCUCACCGGUAAUUCAGCUGCCCAGGCUCUAACUCCGCGGGAGGCAGAAUUUGAGAAGAGACCGACGGAGACAUCGAAUCUAAAUCAUUUUUUAAAAAAAAAAAAAAAACCCAGAAAAGAAAAGCGGAAGAAACCGCCGAAGCGGUAGAGGCGGGGGAGCCGAGGAAGGAGGAGGAAGGAGGAGGAGGAGGACAGCAUUGUGCUCGCCUGUCGGAGGGGGCGGAUGGCGGAGUGCGGGCGAGGGGGCGGCGGGGGUCUGCCCACCUCCCCAGGUCCUGCCCAGGGAAAGGUGGUCUUCAAGGCGGGGGAUGGAGAAGGAGGAGGAGGAGGAGGCCUCGGAAGACCACGCUACGACCGCGGCGGUGGGGUUUCCAACGGAGACUGUGCCCUGGGGGGCUCCCCGGGGGGCUCCCUGGGGGAGGAGGCCCCGGCCGGCAGCCCCGGCCGAGGGAGCCACGCCGCCCCUGUCACCUCCACGCCGAUCCCGAGGGACAGCAAGCCCGGAGGCAUCCCCCGCAGGACCAGCAUCAUUAAGGAUGGUACAAAACAGAAAAGAGAAAGGAAAAAGACUGUGUCAUUUAGCAGCAUGCCAACAGAGAAGAAAAUCAGUAGUGCAAGUGACUGUAUUAAUUCAAUGGUUGAAGGCUCAGAACUCAAAAAAGUUCGGUCCAACUCCAGAAUUUACCACAGGUAUUUUCUUUUGGACGCAGACAUGCAAUCUCUGCGGUGGGAACCAUCAAAGAAGGAUUCUGAAAAAGCCAAGAUUGACAUUAAGUCAAUCAAAGAAGUAAGAACGGGAAAAAAUACAGAUAUAUUCCGCAGCAAUGGCAUCUCUGACCAGAUAUCUGAAGACUGUGCAUUUUCUGUCAUAUAUGGAGAGAACUAUGAGUCACUUGAUUUGGUUGCCAACUCUGCAGAUGUUGCUAAUAUUUGGGUUACUGGGCUAAGGUACCUGAUUUCUUAUGGCAAACACACACUUGAUAUGAUAGGAAGUAGACAUGAUAUCAUGCGGACUUCCUGGGUUGCACAAAUGUUUAGCGAAAUUGAUGUAGAUAACCUUGGACACAUAGACCUAUGUCAUGCCGUGCAGUGUAUUAAAAACCAAAGUCCUGGUUUGAAAACAAGUAAAAUUGAGCUCAAGUUCAAAGAAUUGCACAAAUCUAAGGACAAAACUGGCACUGAAGUAACAAAAGAAGAAUUUGUUGAGGUUUUCCAUGAGCUUUGCACCCGGCCUGAAAUAUAUUUCCUUUUGGUUCAAUUUUCAAGCAAUAAAGAAUUCUUAGACACCAAGGACCUUAUGAUGUUUUUAGAGGCCGAGCAGGGUGUGGCACAUAUCACUGAAGAAAUAAGCCUUGAAAUUAUUCACAAGUAUGAACCAUCCAAAGAGGGUCAAGAGAGAGGAUGGCUUUCUAUAGACGGUUUUACUAAAUACCUUAUGUCACCUGACUGUUUUAUCUUUGAUCCAGAACACAAAAAGGUUUGUCAGGAUAUGAAGCAACCUUUAUCUCAUUAUUUUAUAAACUCAUCUCAUAAUACGUACUUGAUAGAGGAUCAGUUUCGAGGUCCAUCCGACAUCACAGGAUACAUUCGGGCACUUAAAAUGGGUUGCCGGAGUGUUGAGUUGGAUGUGUGGGAUGGGCCAGACAAUGAACCUGUGAUUUACACGGGCCAUACAAUGACCUCACAGAUAGUCUUCCGCAGUGUAAUUGACAUUAUUAACAAGUAUGCAUUCUCGGCUUCAGAGUAUCCUCUGAUCUUAUGUUUAGAAAACCAUUGUUCUAUUAAGCAACAGAAAGUAAUGGUUCAGCACAUGAAGAAGAUUUUGGGAGACAAACUUUAUACCAAGUCCCCAAAUGUUGAGGAGUCCUAUCUUCCAUCUCCUGAUGUUCUGAAAGAAAAAAUACUAAUUAAAGCAAAGAAGCUAUCCACAACUUGUCCUGGGUUAGAGGGAGAUGUUACAGAUGAAGAUGAAGGAGCAGAAAUGUCUCAAAGAGUAGGAAAAGAAGGGGUGGAACUACCAAAUAUUGUGCCUGUGAAACGAUUUCAGCUUUGCAAAGACCUCUCUGAAUUGGUAAGCAUAUGUAAAUCCAUUCAGUUCAAAGAAUUUCAAGUAUCAUUUCAGGUUCAGAAAUACUGGGAAGUGUGUUCUUUUAAUGAAGUUCUUGCCAGCAAAUACGCCAAUGAAAAUCCAGGAGAUUUUGUAAAUUACAACAAGCGCUUUCUGGCCAGGGUUUUUCCCAGCCCAAUGAGGAUAGACUCCAGUAAUAUGAAUCCGCAGGAUUUUUGGAAGUGUGGUUGUCAAAUAGUAGCCAUGAAUUUUCAGACGCCUGGACUGAUGAUGGAUCUUAAUAUCGGUUGGUUUCGACAGAAUGGGAAUUGUGGCUAUGUUCUCCGACCAGCCAUAAUGCGAGAAGAGGUAUCCUUCUUCAGUGCAAAUACAAAAGACUCUGUUCCAGGAGUUUCACCGCAGCUUCUUCAUAUUAAAAUAAUUAGCGGUCAGAACUUUCCCAAACCCAAAGGAUCGGGUGCCAAAGGUGAUGUUGUAGAUCCUUAUGUAUACGUUGAAAUUCACGGCAUCCCUGCAGACUGUGCAGAACAAAGGACAAAAACAGUGCACCAGAACGGAGACGCUCCCAUUUUUGAUGAGAGCUUUGAAUUUCAAAUCAAUCUACCUGAACUCGCCAUGGUACGCUUCGUAGUACUGGAUGACGAUUACAUUGGGGAUGAAUUCAUUGGGCAGUACACAAUUCCUUUCGAGUGUUUACAAACAGGCUACCGACAUGUCCCACUUCAGUCGUUAACGGGCGAGGUUUUAGCACAUGCUUCUUUGUUCGUACAUGUGGCGAUCACUAACCGAAGAGGAGGAGGGAAACCUCACAAAAGAGGCCUUUCGGUGAGGAAGGGGAAAAAGUCGAGGGAAUACGCCUCCCUGAGAACAUUGUGGAUUAAAACCGUAGACGAAGUGUUCAAGAAUGCCCACCCACCUAUCCGGGAUGCUACAGAUCUCAGAGAGAAUAUGCAGAAUGCAGUAGUUUCAUUCAAAGAAUUAUGUGGUGUAUCUCCUGUAGCAAAUCUCAUGCAGUCCAUUUUGGCUGUGUCUUCGCACUUGGUUGGACCUGAUAAUACAUCCUUGGUGGUUCUGAACCUCAGUGAUCAAUUUCCCACAAUGGAGUUGCAAGGAACAGUACCAGAGGUUUUGAAAAAGAUUGUAACAGCAUUUGACACGAUGAUUCAGACCAUCAAGACUUUAAUUGAAAAUGCUGAUAAUGUAUAUGAGAAGAUAGUUCAGUGCCAGAAGGCUGCCAUGGAGUUCCAUGAGAACCUGCAUACUAUAGGUGCAAAAGAAGGUUUGAAGGAAAGAAAAUUACAAAAAGCGGUGGAGAGUUUUACGUGGAAUAUUACAAUCUUAAAGGGACAAGCUGAUCUUCUCAAAUAUGCUAAAAAUGAGACAAUGGAGAACCUGAAGCAAAUCCAGCUUGCUGCUCUUUCAUGUGGACUGAAUAAACCAGGCACUGUAAAUUCAGAAGUCUCGAAGCCUCGUCGGAGCCUGGAGGCCAUACCUGAAAAAGCAAAUGACGAAACUGGAGAAUGAGAGAACUUUAUAGUCAUUAUUAUGGAGUUUAUAACUCUAGGACCAAUUGUAGCCACACAGGACAUUUGCUUUGCACUCACAAUUGAGAAAUAAAUACAUUUGGAAUCCCAAAGCACAACUGGAAAAGUUUUUAAACUGUGAACGUUUGUAGCAAUUUUGCUUGUGAAGGCAAAAGAAAUGAACGGAAAUCAUAUGAUUGGUCAAAAUAGUCUUAUUUGUGUUGAGGUAUCAUAAUUCAGUAACUGCAAAGAAUAGGUUAUUGAUUAGACAGUUGAGAAACUUAUUUCUGAAGGAAAGUAAUCUUUUGAAGAUUUGGUAAGUCACAGAAGCAUAUGUAGGAGGGAACUGGAUGUACACAUUUUAUUGAAUGUGUGAUUUUUGUCAAUCUGAAUUAGGGCUACAGAAGAUUUGGUUGUAUGCUUGCUGAGCCAUAAUUAAAAAUGAGAAUGUAGUUGGACAAUGCUCAUUGUAUCUUUGGUGCACUAUAGGAGAGCCAUUGUGAAAAAGGAAAAUGUGCAAUCAGUUUGAAGUCCUCUAACAUGCGUAUUAUUUCUGCCUAAGAACUUCUGCGAAUGUGUCUAUCUAAUGUAAAAGUGACCAAAUUGCAAGCAACACACUGUAAAUAGUUUUUCAUUGUGUGAAGUGAAGUGUUCAUAUUAAAAAAGUUUUAUGAUAUUUCUCCCAUGCAAGUAAAGCUUUUAACUAAAUUUUAACUUUUUUAUUUUCUAGUCCAAAAGUAUUCUACUUGUAAGGAUAGUUACCACCAUCCUUUUGAGAGGUUUGUCAAAUGAUGAUGCUGUUCUGGGAUGUUGGUUUCUUUGUUAGGUUUUUGACAAUAUUAGGUUAUGGUAGCUGACUGUUGCUGUUAAACGAACAUCCCAAACUAUGGCCAUCGUCUCAGUAUUCUUCAUUUAACAGUACAGGGCAGUGUACCAUGACAGCGUGCAAUAAGUUAGAAGGAAAAAUAAAAAGAUGAGAUUAAAUGUAGUUUUUGUGGAGCCAUUUAAGUUUUUAAUCAAAUCUUUUCUUGUUUUCACGAAUCGGUAAAACUUUGGCUCAUUUCAGAAGAGGAACUCCCCAUUGCAUUCUGAUUAUUGCUUUGUCCAAAAACACGAUUGCUUUUAUGAUUUUGAAAAUGUAAAAGCUCUUUUGCAAAAGCCCCUCUUAGAGUCAUUGUAUUCCUCCUUCCAACAGUUUAGAUAGAUUAGCUAGAGAAAUGUUUACAAUGUUGAUCUUAGUUUCCUGUAAGUCUAGUGCAUAAAACGAGGCAAAUUAAGGCUAAUGCAGCCCCUCAUGUUAAAUUGUUUAAGUAAAGAAAACAAUCAGAAAAAUUGAGGAGCCUGGGCUGAAUUAAAGGCAUUUCUUUAUAUUUUAUGUCUGUCAUCUUAAUCCUUUCUUAGUGUCCAUGGCUUUGGUCUAGAUCUAGACAAAGUUGGCUUACUUGUUAAUAUGAUUCCAAAAGACAAAGUAAAGAUGAUAAUUGUG